CCCGCCUCUAUAACUCGAUCGCCGAUCCUUCCCCCCUCCCCAACCCAACUCAACCCAUCUCGUCCCCUUCCUCAAACCACCCUCUCCCUCUCCCACCCCCGCGAAGCGACCCCUCGCCAUGGCCACGAAGAAGGGGGGAAGCUUCCGCGUUGGGGACCGCAUCGGGAGACUCGCCAUGCUCCUCUCCGUUGCAAUGAACUUGGUCCUCCUCUUCCGCCUACAUAAAGGCGGGAUCUUUGCCGACGAGGCGCCAUUGCAGCGCCGCCCCGAGGAGCUCGCCCUUCGGACCUGCCCCGUCGAAAUGGAAGCGGAGCGACGUGAGGGGACGGAGAAGCUCCCCCCACCACCCCGUUCCGUUGCCGAGAACGCCGUCAUCAACCUCGACCACGGCGAUCCGACGGUGUUCGAGUCGUUCUGGAAGCAGACGGGGGAGAAGGGGACGGUCGUGAUCCCCGGCUGGCGGACGAUGAGCUACUUCUCCGACGCCGCCGCCCUGUGCUGGUUCCUGGAGCCCGAAUUCGCCGCCGAGGUCCGCCGCCUCCACCGCCUCGUCGGCAACGCAGUAUCGGGCGACGGCCGCCACGUCGUCGUCGGCACGGGCUCCACGCAGCUCUUCCAGGCCGCGCUCUACGCCCUCUCCGAAGGCGGCGACGCCCGCGACCCGCCGGCCAGCGUCGUGUCCGCGGCGCCAUACUAUUCGUCGUAUCCUGCGGUGACGGAUUACCUCCGGUCGGGGCUGUUCCGGUGGGCCGGGGACGCGCACGCCUUCAAGGGGGAGUCGUACAUCGAGCUCGUCUGUUCCCCCAACAACCCCGACGGUUCGAUCAGGGAGGCCGUGCUGAGUUCUGAGGCCGGUAAGACGAUCCACGACUUGGCCUAUUACUGGCCUCAGUACACCCCCAUAACCGAUCGCGCCGACCACGAGAUCAUGCUCUUCACCGUCUCGAAGAGCACCGGCCAUGCUGGGACAAGAAUAGGGUGGGCUCUCGUAAAGGACCGCGAAGUUGCUCGAAAGAUGGUCAAAUUCAUCGAGCUCAACACUAUCGGGGUGUCCAAGGACUCGCAGCUGCGCGCAGCAAAGCUCCUGAAAGUAGUCUCUGACGGCUACGAGCUUGAGAGGGCCGACGAACACACGGAUAGGCUUUUCGACUUCGGGCGGAGGAUUAUGGCCGCCCGUUGGGAGAGGCUGCGCGAAGUCGUCAAGGCCUCGGGCAUUUUUAGCUUGCCCGAGUUCCCGGAUGGCUUCUGCGAGUUCACCAAAGAAAGAACCGGAAUCUAUCCCGCUUUCGCAUGGCUCAAAUCGGAGAAAGCCGAGAUUGAAGACCUGGAGAGCUAUCUCAGGAGCCAAAAGAUACUAACUCGGAGCGGCAAACACUUCGGGGCGGGAUCGAAUUACGUCCGAGUUAGUAUGCUGGAUAGGGACGAAACCUNGGGGGGUGGUUCUUUUGUAUUCUUGGGUUGUUUCCUCGUUUGGGACUAUAAAUUAUAA